AUUUUAUUCAUAAAUCAAGUUUUCUCAUACGAUACAGUACACACGUUUCAGUUGUUUUUAUGCAUUUAUUUCAUACACAACAAUAACAUUCCAUUGUUUUGUCAAAAAAAAGAAAAACAAUAACAUUCCAUUGGCUGACCUUGACGAGUUAUAAAAAUUUGAAAUUGUCAACCAUAUAUUAUCAAUAGGUUAUACAAAAAAUCAAUAGAUUAAUAUGACUAAUAAAUCUAGUGGUAUUGUAGAUUGUACUACUGUACGUCCCUUUCAAUAUAAGUCAACUGUACUUCAGUUCGUUAUUCAUAAAAUCAGAAUGUACUUCCAAUGUCUAAUCUGGAAUGUCAACUCUGCAUGAUCAAUAAGAUUCUCUUUAUUUCAAAUAUUUCUAACCAAUCGGAUUUAUCCUUUGGUCUGUUUUAUUCUUAUCCUCAAUGAAUUCUACAAAUGUGUAUGUGUCCAAAAGAAGAUGCAACAUCUUUAGCAAAAAAAAAGAAGUAAUUAACCACCUCGUGAAUCUAUCUAUACUAUUAUUUAUGAAGUGAUUUUGCUGAUUUGUCACAUUCUCCAUGCUUUUAGCUAAUUUUACUUAUUUAUCAUAUUAUUAUUAGUUUUUAAUUUAAAUAUUUAAUUUAUUAAUUUAAAUAAUAUAAAUAUUUCGAAUUUUUAAUUAAUUUAUUAAUUUAAAUAGUAUACUGUUUCGAACUUUCUAAUUGGAAUUAUAAUUAUUUUAACUUUCACAAGUUUCUUAUUAGUUUUUAGCUUAAAUCGUUAAUUUAUUCAUUUAAAUAAUAUAACUAUCUCGAGAUUUCUAAUUGGAACUAAAAUUAUAAUUGUUUUAACUUUCACAAGUGAAGACUAAUUCUUGUAUUCAUGUGAUGUAAGAUGUUUUAAAUUUUAUAGUUCCAUUUUUUUCAUUCAUUCCAAAUUACCGGUUAUAGUUUUAUUUCAUCAUUUAGGUACAGUGUUUUCUGGUUGUUUCAAUUGCUUGGGUUAUCUUCAUGAUAUCACUUUCAUUCUGAUGAAUGCUCUCUUUUCAGUGGUUCAAUCAUUUUGUGCAGAUCAAACAAUAUUUUUUUGUCAAACAAUAUUAUUCUUUGAGUUAUUUGCAUUAAGGACUAUAUGAACAACAUCAAAGCUUCAUUCUCUCUUUAGCUUUAGAUCCUUUUUUGGGUUCUUGACAUCUAUAUUUAUGUACUUUCGAUAUUUGUUUUCUGUUUAGUUGGAGUUUUAUGUUUUUUCUUUCUUUCAUUGACUUUAAAAGACUAGGAAGCAAAUAGGUUUUGCUAUAUGCAGUUUGGAAUUAUGAAUUAGUUAUUCUAAAUUAUUUAAUGGCAGUUAUUUCACUUAUAUGUUUUAUUACUGUUUAAUUUAUAAGAAAACUUAUGCUUUGAUAUUAAGUUUAAAGAGUUGUUUAUGUAAUCAUGUUAAUUAUGAAUAUGUGUUUAAUGGUUUAAUCUCUAAAACGGCUAAAGUAGAUAUAUUUUUAAUGAAUAAUUAGAUUUAUUAUUAUAUAAUUAACUAUAAUAAUAAUAAAACUAUUUUUUCUAUUUAUUUGUUUAUUAAAUGUAAACUUAUGAAAUAUUUCGAUAAUUCAAUGUAUAUAUUUAUCAAGUAAACCAAUGAAAUAUUAUCAUUAUCUCAAUUGUUUUUUAAGUUUUUUUUCUAAAUUAUCAUCGAACUUUAUUUUUUAUUUACUUUUUAUUUAUUUUAUUUUUAUUUGGAUUUGCGUGUUUCAAUGUUUUUUGGUAAUUUAAUAAAAUUUUCUGGAUCAAAAAUACAAAGUAGAUUAAGAGAGACCAAAAGUUCACAUUCUUCGUUGUCCAAAAUAGAAGUUCACAUUCUUAUUUUACUUUAUUGUGUGUAAUAUUUGUUAUGUGAUUAUGCUUUCAUGGUUUUAUAGUUUUAUAGCUUUCCUUUGUACUAAGAAGACGUAGACUGAGAUAAAAAUCAAAGAAAAAUAAAAUGAUUAAGAAUAUAAAGAAAAAGUUAUUGUCAUGUUAAAAUCAUAAGAAAUAUAUUAAUAACUAUUAGUAAAACGACAUGCGGGCAAAACAUCUAGUUGGAUUUAAAUACCGAAUGUAUUAUUUCAAAAAGUAUUAAUAUUACACUGUGAUUGCUAAGAAACAAAAUUAUUAGUACUACAUAAUCUUUUUCUAAUGCAGAGAUAAAUUAUUAGCUAAGAACAAGUAAAGGUGUAGUACACCAAGCAGUACCAAUUUGUCCAAGCAUGAAUCAUGCCUUUUUGGCCCCUUGCCUUGUAGAAUGUUCUCAAAUCUCAUAUCUCUAAACCCUAGCUCAUUCUUUAGUAAAUAAAUGACGUUUAAUAACUAGUAAUAUUGAUUGGGAACCAUCUUGUACCUCCCUUUGACUACAACAAAAAGUAUCUCUCGUUUCUCUAAUAUAAUAGUUACACAAUCAUAUUAGCUUUAUUUUCAACGAGAUUUCACCCCUUCAUGAAAGUAAGUGAGAAUUCUUGUAUUUAUUUGCCUCAUAUAAUGAUUAGAAAUAUGUUGCAUUCAAAGAAUAACUGAGUUUUUGCUAUGGAGCCGCAAAUUUUGUAUUCGUAACUAUGUGUUACACGUUUAAACUAUUGGGGUAAUCUAUGAAACUAUCAUAUGUUACUUACUCCAAGUACUAAAAUGUGUUUAUAUGUGACCAGGGCAUAUGUUUAUAUGUGACAAGGACAUGCCAUCUAGUCAUUUGUGAAACUGUUGAUCACCAUCCAAGGUUAUAUAGUGCAUAUUGUUGAUAUAUAAAAACAUUCAUAUAUACUUGUAUACAUAUGAAUUUAUAUCUUAUAUCAAAGUUGAAUAGUCCAAAGUAUGUUGCUUGAGUUCAAAAGAAACAAUACAUCAAACCUGAAUACAGAAAAUGAUCAAAGAAACGCAUAUAAUGUCAUAAACCAAUCUCAAAUGUAUCAGCAAGGUUUCUUGACAAAUGUAUCUACAUAAAUUCUGAUGCAGGCCAUAUAUUUAUGAUGUGCAUAGGCAUAUAUAUAUAUAUAUAUAUAUAUUAAAUUAUAUGUUAUGUAUAACCUCUGCCAGCAAUUAAGGAGAUAAGAUAAUUAAAAAGCAGGGGAAGUAUUCUCGCAUCUUACUUCUUAAACAUAUAACAUCUAGGCAAUAAUAAAAAUGACACAAUUACGAUAACACCCUUAUACUCCUCUAUAAAUAACAAAUCCAAAAGCUUAAACCCUCAAAAAAAAAUCCACACAUCAACACACAAGCUUACAUCAAAUAUUGUGGAUACAAUAAAGUGAAUAUGGGGGAUAUGAGAAACUUGCUGAAGAUGUCAAUGGUGGCUGUAUUUGUCGGAUGGAUGUUCAUUUGGGUUAUGAUUUCAACAAACCUUUUCAAAAACAAGUGGACUCCCAAAAUGACCAAGUAUUUCAAUACUACUUAUUUUGGUCCUCAAGGCAUAAAUCUAGUGCUUCUUACCGUUCCCAUGAUGUUUAUUGCGGUUCUGAGUUGUCUUUAUUUGCAUAUCCAAAAGAAACCCACCCAAACUCAAAGGUAUUCUUAUUCAUAUAAAUGCAGCAAAUCGAAGAUAAAAGGGAGAAUGGGGAGGGUGAUGAUGGUUAUGAACCCAUUGGGGAUAGUGACAGUAACAGAGUUUACUUUUUCUCUAUUGUUUGUGGCUCUUUUGACUUGGGCUCUCGGCAAUUAUCUCUACCUUAGCUAUCACGUCAGUCUUCAUAACCAUGACAAUCGAGUGAAAUGGUGCAGAUGGCAGGCAAAGUUUAGGGCUUUUGGACUGAGAAUAGGAUACGUCGGCCACUACUGUUGGGCCUUUUUGUUCUUCCCUGUGACAAGAGCCUCUACGAUUCUGCCACUAGUUGGGUUGACUUCCGAGUCAAGCAUCAAAUAUCACAUUUGGCUCGGACAUAUCUCAAACUUUCUCUUCCUCGCUCACACUGUCAUUUUCCUUAUCUACUGGGCCAUGACCAAUCAGUUGAUGGAGACGUUUGCAUGGAAUCCGACAUAUGUGCCUAAUCUAGCCGGUACAAUAGCAAUGGUGAUUGGAAUAGUGAUGUGGGUGACAAGUUUUCCAUACUAUAGACGAAAGAAGUUUGAGAUUUUCUUCUACACUCACCAUCUGUAUGGUCUCUACAUAAUCUUCUACAUGAUCCAUGUUGGAGACUCGUGGUUCUGCAUGAUCUUGCCCAACAUGUUCCUCUUUUUUAUCGACCGCUACUUGAGAUUUUUACAAUCCACCAAGAGAUCUAGACUUGUCUCUGCUCGGAUCUUACCUUCAGAUAACCUCGAGCUCACUUUCUCCAAAACCCCAGGCCUACAAUAUACACCAACGAGCAUAUUGUUUCUACAUGUGCCGAGCAUUUCCAAGCUUCAAUGGCAUCCAUUCACAAUAACUUCAAACAGCAACUUGGAGAAAGAUACACUAAGUGUUGUCAUCAGAAGACAGGGAACUUGGACUCAAAAGCUUUACACCCAUCUCUCUUCUUCCAUCGAUUCUCUAGAGGUUUCCACUGAAGGUCCUUAUGGUCCUAACUCCUUAGAUUUGAGGCAUGACUCUCUAAUACUAGUGAGCGGGGGAAGUGGAGUCACUCCCUUCAUUUCAGUGAUCAGAGAACUCAUAUUCCAAGCCCAAAACCAAAGCACAAAAAUACCAGAUGUUCUUCUUGUUUGUGCCUUUAAAUACUACCAUGAUCUUGCGUUUUUAGACCUAAUCUUCCCACCAGAUAUUUCAGUCUCGGACAUCUCUAGGCUGAAUCUCCGGAUCGAGGCCUAUAUAACACAAGAAGACAAGAAGCCUGAGGCAGCUGAAGAUAGCAGAUUGUUGCAGACAAAAUGGUUCAAACCACAGCCAUUAGACUCUCCAAUCUCACCAGUCCUUGGACCCAACAACAUACUCUGGCUCGGAGUUGUGAUCUUAUCAUCAUUCGUCAUGUUUCUCUUGCUCAUAGCGAUUGUUACACGUUACUACAUAUACCCUGUUGAUCGUAACACAGGAAAGAUCUACAACUUCUCGUACAGAGUUCUCUGGGACAUGUUCCUAGGAUGUGUGUGCAUUUUUAUUUCUUCAAGCGCAGUUUUCUUGUGGCGCAAGAAAGUUAACAAGGAAGGAGAUAAGGAGUCCAAGAAGCAGGUACAGAGCGUAGAUUUUCAUACGCCUACGUCUUCUCCAGGUUCAUGGUUCUGCAGCCACGAUAGAGAGCUCGAAAGCGUUCCCUAUCAAUCCAUAGUACAAGCCACUUCAGUCCAUUUUGGCUCCAAACCUAAUCUGAAAAAGAUUUUGUUUGAGGCCGAAGGUUCAGAAGACGUUGGAGUGAUGGUGUGCGGGCCAAGAAAGAUGAGGCAUGAGGUGGCAAGGAUAUGUUCAUCUGGUUUGGCUAAAAACCUUCACUUUGAAGCAAUUAGUUUCAACUGGUGAUCGAUUCCAUUGUUCUGACUAUGUUGUUUAUAUUCAUUGUGAUUACCUUUGAUAUGUUGAAAUGGUUUGCUGUUUAUUUUCUUAACGCAAUGCAAAAAUGAAUGUCGAUAUGUGCUA